GAGCCAUGAUCACACUCGGGUUUAUAGCGAUGUCUGUAUCCGAUCCUUGUACAAAACUGAAUCAUAAGACGCGAUACAUGUCUAUCCUCCGAGUCCAAAGUCGCGUACGUUCGUGCAUGGGAGUUGACGACUCGAUCGCUUUGCAUGCCACGGUACGGUCGGUUCUUGAAUGAUGGCGAGGACGUUGCUGGAGCUAGCCUGCCCUGCUUGCCUCCGCGGGGGCUACCCUUUCGACGCGGACAUGAC